AUGUCGCUCGUGUCAGGACCCGGUAGGGGAGGCGGUCAGAUGCUGCCGAACGAGCUAACGCUUGUGAUCGAUAAGCACGUGAGCUACAUCGAGACUCUCGAUACUCGGCGAGAUGAACUUGAAUAUUGGCUGACCGAGCACUUGCGUCUCAAUGGCGUCUACUGGGGCUUAAUUGCUUUGUGCUUACUUGGCCAUCCAGACGUCCUGCCUCGAGACAAGACCAUUGAGUUCGUAUUGGCGUGUCAGAAUCCUGAUGGUGGGUUUGGAGCCGCGCCGAAACACGAUUCACACAUGCUCUAUACCACUAGUGCUGUUCAGAUCUUGGCCACUAUCGAUGCCCUGUCCGAGCUUGAUGGUAAUGGAGGAAAGGAGAAGGUUGCCAAGUAUAUUGCUGGCCUUCAGGACAAGGACUCGGGCACCUUUGCUGGCGAUGUAUGGGGCGAGAAGGAUACUCGAUUCCUUCACUGCGCCUUCAUCGCGCUCUCAAUACUGGACUUGAUGGACUUGGUGGACGUCGAUGGGGCUGUUGAUCACAUCCACCAGUGUGCGAACCUAGACGGCGCAUAUGGCACAUCUCCCGGAGCAGAGUCUCACUCUGGACAAGUCUUCACGUGUGUCGGUGCGCUGUCUAUCGCUAGAAGGCUUGACUUGGUGGACAUCGACCGUCUCGGAGCCUGGCUAAGUGAACGGCAGUUGCCUAACGGUGGACUCAAUGGUCGUCCUGAAAAGCUGGAAGAUGUCUGCUAUAGCUGGUGGGUGGUGAGUAGUCUAGCCAUGAUCAAGCGGCUGCACUGGAUAGAUGGGGAUAAGCUCAGCAACUUCAUCCUCAAGUGCCAGGAUACCGAUCAUGGAGGAAUGUCCGAUCGACCGGGAGACAUGGUCGAUGUAUUCCACACUGUCUUCGGUGUCGCUGGCUUAAGCCUUCUGGGCUAUCCGGGUCUCGUUGAGGUCGAUCCUGUGUAG